AUGGUUAAUGGUUCUGGUUCUGGUCCUGGUGUUAUCCCUGGCCCUGAGGGAGGUUCCUCGGGAAGCCUCAACCGUGAAGACGGUUUCGUAGACCCGGCCGCUGAAGGUGAGAGGGCGGCCCGGGAGUGUGCAGACAAGGGUGGCAACGACGAUUUAUGUGCUUGGGCCCGUAACAUGGCUGAGGAGACCGCUCGCCGAUAUAACGAGACUAUCAAGACUACCUGGCAAGCCGUUGGUUCCCACAAGGACUCCUCUUCGUCUGAGCCAUGUGAGACGCCGAACCCCCCUGUGCACGCGUACGGCGGCCUGCCGACCGUGAUGCAAGUUCCGGCCCCUAUGCCGGAAAAGUAUGAUGGAACAGGGGACUUACGAUUAUGGUUUCGGCGUUACGAGAAUUGCGGCCAGGCAGUAGGAUGGUCAGAGGGGGCCAUGGCGGCCCACCUUGGUGGCUAUCUUGCUGGCCAAUUCUUUGAGUGUUGGGAGAAGAACGCUAAAUGUGGCCCCUAUCGACAAGGGAAGGCACUGUUACUCGAUCUCUUCGACCGACGUGUGGCCGAUCAGUCUUUGGAGCGGUUCUAUGCAACAAA